AUGGGAAGUGAACCUUCCCGAUCGCGAGACCUUGUUGGCGAGCUUCAACUCCCCUGGGGCACCGACGCCAGCACCCACAUCAUCAACACCAACGCCCCCCGCCUCUGCACCAACGCCCUCGACUGCACCACCAACCAACCACGCCGCCGCCGCCUCUGCAACGCCAGCCGGCUGCCAGCAGCCGUGGCAGAGGUACCAGCAACAGCCGUUCGCUCCUCCGCCACAUCUGCAGCUGCCGCCGUCAAGACCAUUCCCGCAGUUCCCGAUGACUAUGCCCUCAGGCGCAAUCCUGCCAUUCCCUCUGCCUAUGCCCUCAAGACCGUGGUUGACGAGCAGUCGUGGAAGCGAGAGCGGCAGAAGGAGCUCGGGGAGAAGCAGGCCGAGAUCGACGAGCUGCUGGACCGGAGCUAUCUCAACAACCCCAACCAACACUCGCCGACGAAGCGGGGCACACGCACGACUACGACCCCCGGCCAGAGAACCGCGGCUCAGCCGGCUGCGCGGGCGCCGUUGUCGACGUCGACGCCGGUUCAACAGCCACCGCGGCCGAUUCCCCUAGGCGCGCGCGACGGCCAAGUGCGAACGAAGAGGCCAUUGACAUGGUCUGCGGUGUGUGAGCGUCUGCCUCGAUUGAAAAAAUGCCGUCAAAAGAAAGCCGGCGCCGCAGAGGUGACGAUCCCGCCGCAGCCAACGCCGCCGCAGCGGGCCUGUGACGGAGGUGAAGCACCGCCGACGCCACUGCGGUUCAUUCCGCCGCUGCCAGCCGGUACUCCGCCCACGACUCCUCUGCGCCCGCCUGCGCCCGUCAGAUCGCCGCCGCCAGAGCUGCCUGCUCCAGCCCACGACAAGGGAGGCCUCCGUGCUCAACGGCCAGCGAGUGCGCCCAAGACCAGCGACGGCGCUUGCGCCCUGUUUUCGCCGGAGCUGUUGGACUUGAAUGCUCCCUGUGACGAUUCGCCGGCCGAGGGGCUCCACUGCCACGAGUCUCUCGAGAUCGAGGCCUUUGACUUCCGCGAGUCAGCGACCGACCCCAAUGCGGCUCGGCGGCCCAUCGACCCGGUGGCUCCCGCCACCGCCACAAUCAGCGACCAGGCCGGCGAGGUGGAGCGCUACACCGACGCGAUCGAGAUCGACAGCUUCCUCUUCCUCGAGUCCUCCACGCGCGCCGACGUUGUCGCUGGCGGCUUGCCCUGGCCCUUUGACCGCUCGUCUGGCGAUGGCGGGAGAGGUGAGAGGGCCGCGGCUGUGGAGUGGGGCGAGGAGGCCCAGCCCCCAGUGGCCAAGAAGGCCUCAUCACCGAUUCGGCCGGCGGCCAAGACAAUCAAGAAGCGGAAGGCGAACGCACCGGCGGGACCUCCGUUGCGGUCGGGCAGCGACGGAGACCAAGAGCCCCAGAAGAAGCGGCGGACGAGAUCACCUUUCAAGCCGGCCGUAGACACGACCGCCUGCACCGGCUCACCAUCGACAGUGACGGCGACCGCGACAGCAACGACAACAGCGGCAGCGAUGGCGACGCGUCGUGAGAGCCAGCAAUCGCCUACCAAACCUCAACGCAGGCGAGUGGCGGCGGACCCAGCCACGUGCGACGAAUACGACAAGCUGGUCGAGAUCUACCGCGCCUUCGGGAGCAGGGCGCGCGACAAGCUGGCCUCGAUCGAUGACCAGCAGCGCACCUAUCCCACCUACACCGGCUCCCUCUCCGUUACCGCUCGACAGAUGCUCAUCGACGCACUCGGCGAGCUCUCCUCUCUGCUACAGACCGCAGUCGGCGACACCCAGCCGGCGCCGGCCGUGGCCGCGGCCUCAGCGACUGAGCGGCGGAUGUCGGUCGGCGGGAUCCGCAGGCGCAUCCGUGCGCUGAAGCCGGUGGUGGAGCGCCUCUGCGAUGCCAUGACGUGGAGGCCGCCCACAGCCGAUACGAAGACCCCUACGGUGGUCGUGGCGACAGCGACGCCCACGACGACCGCCACGACCAUGACACCGCCUGCAUCGCCGCCGUCCUCGGACAGCGGUCUCUCUUCAGCGCGCACCUCCGCAUCGACCUCGCCAUCUUCGCCACCACCGUCUUUCAACGAAACAGUCGCCAGCGGCGUGCCGCCAUCGCCGUCGCCGUCAUCAUCACGGUCGACCCAGCGCGUGGACACUCCCCAACUCGCGCGCGACUUGGGCGUUCUGCCUUCAUUCAUCUGCCGCCCGGUCCGGCUCAUCUAUGACGACGCCGACGACGGCGAAGAAGAAGGAAACGGCCCCUGCUAA